UGUUGUGUCGUCUGUCUGUCACCACUUGCGACUUAUGCGUUAUCUCCCAAACUGUGAAUGCGUCAUGCCAUCCCUGUGAUGAAAUUUCGCCUAUCGGAUUUCCUGUGCGGUCGCCAAUCGAGCUUUCUGCCCUGCGAGUGUUUGCUGAGACCGCCUCUCCGUCAGUCGCCGUAAGUUCGUGUGCCGUUCAAGAGCUGAGCAGUAACGAACUUUGCACGGCGUUGCUAUGUGCAGCCCACGAGCACUGCUGUUGUUCUGCGUUCUGUUGAAGUCAGCUUGGGGCGCCCCAACUGUUUCUGCAAGUAAAUGCGGGUAUGGGAGCUGUCCGGCCACGAAACCGGGAAUGCUCAAUGUGCACAUUUUGGCUCACACGCACAUGGAUCUUGGCUGGUUGAAGACUGUCGACCAAUACUACUUCGGCAGCAAGAAUUACAUCGCUAAUGCCGGCGUACAGUACAUAUUCGACUCUGUUCUCGUCCCACUCGAAGACGAUCCUAGCAAACGUUUUAUUUUCGUCGAGACUGGUUUCUUCGACAAGUGGUGGACACAUCGGAACGAGACAACCCGAUCGCGCUUCAACAAGCUCGUCCAGUCAGGUCAGAUGGAGUUCAUCAGUGGUGGUUGGGUGAUGAGUGACGAAGCCUGCUCCCAUUAUUCAAACACCAUUGACCAGAUGACUUACGGCUUGCGAAGGCUUAAGGACGUUUUCGGAGACUGCGGUAUUCCCAGGAUAGGGUGGCAGAUAGAUCCCUUCGGACAUUCCAGGGAAUACGCUUCACUACUGGCGCAGAUGGAUAUGGAUGGCUACUUCUUUGGACGUCUCGACUACCAGGACAAGGACCAUCGUGAAACAAACAAAGAAAUGGAGUUUAUUUGGCAAGCAAGUGCAAACCUCGGAAAAGCCGCGGAGAUUCUUACAGGGAUACUUCCGAACACGUACAGUCCGCCCCCUGGAUUCUGCUUCGACAUUUUCUGCGACGACGAACCCAUUAUCGACGACCCACAUACUGCAGAGUACAACGUAGACGCCAGAGUCGCGCAGUUUCUUGACUAUGCCAAGAAUGAAUCUGCCUUCUACAAGACAAAUAACAUCCCCGUCACCAUGGGCAACGACUUCAAUUACCAAAGCGCUCCUCAUUGGUUUGACAAUCUGGACAAGCUGAUUCGUUAUGUAAACGCAAAGCAAGCUUCCGGAAGCAAGGUGAACCUUCUUUAUUCUACCCCAUCGUGCUACUUGAAAGCGCUGCGCGAGUCUGGAGCAACGUGGCCCACGAAGUCCGACGAUUUCUUUCCCUACGCGAGCGACCCGCAUGCCUAUUGGUCGGGCUAUUUCACCAGUCGGCCGGCCUUCAAGUUUUUCGACCGUUAUGGAAACAACAUAUUUCAGGCAGUGAAACAACUGGCAGUUCUGGCUCACCUAGACGCUGCUGAGCUGAAUAAAAUGGGCCUACUGAGGGAGUCCCUUUCAGUUGCUCAACAUCACGAUGCUGUCAGUGGCACAGCGAAGCAAGCCGUCAACGAUGACUACGUGAAACAUCUCUAUAGGGGUCUGGUCGACAUUAAGGAAACGGUUUACACCGCGCUUCAAAACCUCACAGGACAGGGCAAGGAAACAGUGGCGCCCCGUUUCACAUUCUGCCACACGCUGAACAUCAGCGCAUGUACAGUAACAGAAACUGGAGAUACGGUUGCAGUAAUCGUGUACAACCCACAAGCCAAGCCAGUAGAUGCGUAUGUAACCAUUCCAACGGUCACUUCACUGCCGACUGUCCACGACGCAAAGGGUAAUAUAGUCGACUCACAGGCGCUGACCAUUCCCAAAGGUGUGAAGAAUAUUCCAGAAAGAGCAUCGUCCGCGAACUACGAAAUCACUUUCAAGGCUUCCUUGCCACCUCUCGGGUUCCAGACCUACUUUGUUGAAAUGAACGAGAGUGUGAAGGCAGACCAUGGCAGUUCAAGCAGGCACGAGACUACACUACGGAGGUUGAACAGUGCCGGCGAUGAUGUUGUACUCAAGGGAAAGAAAGUAGCGGCCAUUAUUGACGGUACAACUGGACUUCUGAAGCAGCUACAGUACGGUUCCGUUAGCGUGAACGUAAAACAGUCGUUCUACUACUACAAAGGAAUGGCUGGUGACAACGAGAACUUCGAUCGACGAGCGUCUGGGGCAUACAUUUUCAGACCAAACGGAACAGAGCCGAUUCCAGUUGGUCAGAAAGUAGAGCUGGAUGUGUCAGAGGCAUCUGGAAGCCUCGUGAAGGAAGUCCGACAGACCUUUUCUGAUUGGCUAACUCAAGUCAUUCGCGUGUACGAAGACGAAGAUUUCGUCGAAUUCGAUUGGGUCGUUGGAUCUAUUCCCAUCGGAGAUGGCAUCGGGAAGGAAGUCAUCACGCGAUUCGAUACGGAUCUCAGCACCGACGGUGUCUUCUACACGGACUCCAACGGAAGGGAAAUACUCAAAAGAAAGAAAGACAGUCGUCCCACUUGGCAAGUUAAACUGCACGAACCCGUAGCGGGAAAUUACUAUCCCGUCAACAGUAGAAUUUUCCUCAAGGACGAAGAAAAGAAAGUACAGUUCACAGUUCUGACGGAUCGUUCUCACGGUGGCAGCAGCCUUCGAAACGGAUCGGUCGAACUCAUGGUCCACAGACGGUUGCUGUACGAUGAUGCUUUCGGCGUUGGCGAGGCUUUGAACGAGACGUACUACAAUGGCAAAGGAAUUGUAGUACGGGGUAGACACCGUGUCCUUCUCAGCACCAUCGACGAAGCUGCACAACUGCACCGGCAACUCGCACAAAAACUGUACAUGGCGCCCGUUCCAGCCUUUGCUCGGAUCGAGUCAGUGAAGUCCUACUUGUCCAAGUACAAGGCUUCGUUCUCUGGAACGUCAUCUCCUUUGCCUCCCAAUGUCCACCUUUUGUCGUUCGAGCAAUGGAAGGAAGGGCUGGUUCUCUUGCGUCUGGAACACUUCUACGAGAAAGGAGACAACGCUGGUAGCCUGUCCGCCCCCGCCACGGUCUCGCUGCAGUCGCUCUUUACGGAAACUAUUAUGGACGUUUAUGAAAUGAACCUGGCCGUUACGAAGCCGCAGAAGAACAAAGGUAUCGCGCUGUUUAGGAAUGAAAUAAUAUUGGACGGAGGAAACGCAUUGGAUGACCUUGUUCCGGUGAAAGUGAAGUCGGGCUGGAGCAUCGUUCUUACACCGAUGCAGAUCCGUACGUUCAUAGUUGAAUUGCCUUCAUACAGGGGCUCCUAAGUGUGGUAUUGAAGUGACGAUUUAGAGCUAUGUCUAAAGCUGCAAUGUGUAUGAUACAGUUUUCUGUACGUGUGUUUCGAAAUGAACAAAUGAACCUAACGAAUGUGUGUCGCUGAGAGAUUUUGUAAAUUUACGUUCCACGCACUUCGGUACCGUCCUCUCUGAAUAUGUCAUUAACUGUACAAAGCUGUUGGAAGCUGUUAUCACCGGUGGUGGAAGCACGACACCUUUAAAGGCACUGCGCCUGGGAGCCAAUUCUACCGGCACCGUCCUAGCGUGAGGCCACACACAUUUGCCCGCAGGGCCAUUCCAUCAGAGUGGUUCGAUCGGCGACAUCCAUCGUUCUUUUAUGCAGGAGAAAAUUACGUUUUACACGUGUCCUUUUCUUUAUUCAAGAAAUAUGCGUAAAAUAUGUCAAAUUAAUGUUUAAUUAACUCAUACGCUUAUACAUGCAGGAGAAACAGUUUUUCGCGCGUUGCUAUAAAACAUCCAAAACUACUGCCGUACAUGGCGUGUUUAUCAAGAGAAUAUACAAAUAUUCAUUUGUAAACAAUAAAGUGCUUCCAGCACGCGAGUUAUUAUAAUGUUUAUUGAAAAUCAUGACAGGCUAAAAUCACAUAACACAAUAUAAGACGCUAUGUACAUACGUGAGUAUUGAACUGAAAUAAAGAAUGUGCACUGUAAGGUCAACAACUACAAUCACGGCUUCCCUUUGGAGUAUGACUUAGAUGGCGGGAGACAUCAUGCCCAACUGAAAUUCGAUCCAAAACACUGACACAAGAGUACAUCGUGAUAUUAUGCACUGGUUGGACGAAAAAAAAAAACAUACGAAACAUGAGCAACUUGUUGCUAUGACACAAAGACAGUCUGGGUUAAGAAACGCGAGGCCAACGGAGCAAGGGAGUGUAUCUGUCAGUCCAUUGCACAUCCCUCCUUCUUCGCGGUGAUUUUUGUUUUUCAAUGUCAACAAGAGAAACCGAAAGCGAAAGAAUAAUAAAGUGUUUUCAAAGUUCUC